AUGACGAUUUCUUAUACUCGUGAGCGGCAUGUCGCCGAACUCGCCGUCCUUCGAGCCUCAAUUCUCACGAAACAGGUGCAGUCAGCCGUGUGCGACAUCUCGAAAGAUGAUAACUCACCAGUGACUAUCGCCGACUUUGCAGCUCAGGUGCUUCUCAUCGGAGCUAUUCGGUCUGCUUUUCCAAAUGAUGCUGUCCUGGGAGAGGAAGAUUCAGCUGCUCUCAGGGCUGACGAAAUGCUGAGAAGCAAGGUUUACGAGCUGGUAUCAUCCGCAACCGACGUAGUAGGCCCGCUUGCUCGAGGUUGCGCACUUCCCAAGCCAGGAUCGGUGCAAGAAAUGCUAGACUUGAUCGACCUUGGGGGCCGUGGAAGAGGAGGAGGUAAGGGUCGUGCCUGGAUCAUGGACCCCAUUGAUGGGACUGCCGCUUUCUUGAAGGGUCAACAAUACGCAGUUUCACUGGCUCUCAUAGAGGACGGGAAAGAGGUCAUUGGCGUUUUAGGAUGCCCGAACAUCAGUGCCGAAAUGACCCGAGUGUCGGAGGAUGAUGUCGAUCAGGAGUUGGGUACCAUGCUCACAGCCGUUCGAGGUCGAGGUUCAACAACUCGGAUCAUGACCCAAAACGGACUGAAAGCCGCCACCCCCCUGAGUCUACUUCAGCCAUUCAGCUCCGAAGAUUUACACAUUGUCGAUUGCACUGCCAGUAUGAGCUCCCGCCACGACCUCGUCGCCAAAUUAGCGGAUGAUUUCAAGACGGCAUUCCCCAGCACUGAAGUAUGGUCGUCUCAUAUCCGUUACGCAGCUCUUAUCAUCGGCGGUGGAGACGUACAGUUCUGGAUUCCCACGCUUCAACCAGCCAAGAUGUGUAUCUGGGACCAUGCAGGCACUCAGUUAAUUUUUACCGAACUAGGCGGGAGGGUGACGGACCUGGAUGGGAAAGACGUGGAUUUUGGCGCAGGGAGACACCUCAAUAAAAACAGAGGGUUGGCUGUGACAAGAGGAGAAAUCCACACGACUGUUCUCAGGGCGAUGAACAAGAUACUCCCCGAGGAGGAACGGAAGUUGAAGGCCGUCUAUGUAUGA